AUGACAGUCAUGAUCAAGUUCCUCUUUUUAUUUAUGUUGUUAUUAGCAACAGUAGUUGCCUUGUCACCUUCAGGCCACGUCGAUAACGCUCUUGCGCCCUUGAUGUCUUAUGAUGAUGAUGAAAGCAUUCCCGACCAAUAUAUCGUGGUAUUCAAGGAGGGAGCCACCUCCGACAAAUUAUCCAAGCAUCACGACGACAUUAAUAGCCUGCUCUACGAGGAAAAAAAGAGAUUCAAACGAGGAUUGUUGAAUGAAUUAAUUUCUGGUAUUGAGUACACUUAUGAAUUUGAUACUUUCCGAGGCUAUGCUGGUAAAUUCUCACCGAGCGUGUUGACCAAAAUCAGAGAAAGUGAUGAUGUUGCAUUUGUUGAGAAAGAUCAAAAAGUAUUUCCAACCUCUGCUUUUCAACAAGGUGCCCCAUGGAAUCUUGCUCGUACAUCUCAUCGUGACCGCUUGGUACUGGCAACUUAUAACAAAUACUAUUAUGAUGCAACCGCUGGAAAAGGUGUUACGGCCUACGUACUCGAUACCGGAGUCUUUGUCAACCACACAGACUUUGGGGGGCGUGCUCGAUGGGGUGCUAAUUUCGCACGUGGUCAACCUGAUGCUGAUAUUAGUGGACACGGAACUCAUGUUGCUGCUAUUAUUGCUGGAACUAGAUUUGGCGUCGCUAAAAAGGCUCAGAUUGUUGCUGUCAAGGUUUUGGGUGAGCGAGGAGGUUCAAACAUGGCUGUUAUCAAGGGUAUAGAAUGGGCUGUGAAGGAUCACAGGAAAGCAGUUGCGGAAGCCAAAAGAACAGGAAAAGUACAUAAAGGUUCUAUCAUUAAUAUGAGUUUGGGAGGUGGUAAGAGUAACGCUUUGAAUAAGGCUGCUAACGAUGCUGUCGAUGCUGGAGCUGUCGUCGUCGUAGCCGCUGGCAACUCCAACGCCGAUGCUUGCAAAUUCUCACCGGCUGGAGCCCAAAAAGUAAUCACUGUUGCUGCUUCAACGAUUGAAGAUACUCGCGCUUGGUUCUCCAAUUGGGGUAUAUGUGUCGAUCUUUUCGCUCCUGGCAGAGAUAUUUUGUCGGCCUGGAUUGGCUCUCCCAUUGCUACAAGAGUACUCUCCGGUACUUCUAUGGCAACUCCUCAUGUAGCUGGUCUUGCAGCCUAUUUCCUUGCUUUGAGCCGAACUCCGUUAACACCACUGCAAGUCCUUUUGAAGCUUGUUUUUGAAGCUACAAAAAACGCUCUCUGCGAAGUCGCAGGUAGUCCUAAUCUUUUGGGAUACAAUGGUUUCGUGCACAGUAAGAUCAAGGAUGUUGACUCAUAA